AUGGCUCAAGAAGAUAUUGUGGAGAGGUUCAAGAAAUCAGAACCCUCAAUGGUACAGGUCAAUUUUACUCAAUCCCAACCUUCUACUCAGACUAAUUUUGAUUCUGCCUAUGCAAGAACCACACCGCCUACACCUAAUAGAGGCACUUAUGGUCGAAGAGGGCGUGGAGGAAGAACAAAUCGUGGAGGAAGAGGUUCUUGGAACUCAAAUCGGCCACAAUGUCAAAUUUGUGGCAAGUUGGGGCAUAUUGCUAGUUACUGUUAUUUUAGAUUUGACCAACAAUUUCAACAUGCACAACAAAAUUCACCCAACUCUUCGAUGCACAAUGCACUCCCUCCACCUCCUUCAUUCCAUAAUCCCAAAGCAAUGCUUGCUACACCUGCUACAAUUGCUGAUCCAUUUUGGUAUGCUUAUUCUGGAGCUUCUCAUCAAUGUACUCCUGAUCCGUCAAACCUACAACAAGCACAAGAAUAUUAUGGACAAGAUCAAGUUUAUAUUGGUAAUGGUUCAGGUAUUAAAAUUCAGCAUAUUGGUAAUUCAUAUUUGCAUCAUAAACCAACAGAUAAAAGAUAUUAUUUGUAUGAUUUACUGCAUGUUCCCUCAAUUGCACAUAACCUUGUUAGUGUAUCCAAAUUUGCUAGAGAUAACAAUGUGUAUUUUUCGUUUUGGCCUGAUGUUUGUUUUGUGAAAUCUCAGGCUACCAAAGAAGUGCUUCUCUAA